AUGGAGUCCAGUGGCGGCGUUACGGUGGUGGGAUCGGAUGCUCCGUCGGAUUACCAUGUAGCUCCGAGGACCGACAACCCAGCUCCAGCAAUCGGAUCCACGACGCAGAUUCCGGUGACGACGGGAAGUGCUCCGCCGCCAAAUCCGCCACAUACGGCGGCGAUGGAGGCGUCGCCGGCGUCGCUGCCGGCUAAGAAGAAGAGGGGCCGGCCGAGAAAGUACGCACCGGACGGGUCGGUGACCCUGGCGUUGUCUCCGAAGCCGAUAUCUUCCUCCGCUCCGUUGCCGCCGGUGAUCGAUUUCUCGUCGGAGAAGCGCGGAAAAAUUAAACCAACUAGUUCCCUGAGCAAAGCCAAAUUUGAGUUGGAGAAUUUAGGUGAAUGGGUGGCAUGCUCAGUUGGUGCUAAUUUCACUCCCCAUAUCAUCACUGUUAAUUCUGGGGAGGAUGUUACUAUGAAGGUAAUAUCAUUUUCUCAGCAAGGGCCUCGAGCUAUAUGCAUUCUUUCAGCUAAUGGUGUCAUAUCAAGUGUCACACUUCGUCAGCCCGAUUCUUCUGGGGGCACAUUGACAUAUGAGGGACGGUUUGAAAUUUUGUCUUUAUCUGGCUCAUUCAUGCCCAAUGAAAGUGGAGGAACACGAAGCAGAUCCGGUGGCAUGAGUGUAUCUUUGGCAAGCCCUGAUGGACGUGUUGUGGGUGGGGGAGUAGCUGGUUUAUUGGUGGCUGCAAGUCCUGUGCAGGUAGUGGUAGGAAGUUUUCUAGCAGGAAACCAACAUGAACAGAAGCCAAGAAAACAGAAACAUGAAGUUAUAUCAAGUGUGGCACCAGCUGCAAUUGUUCCCAUCUCCACUCUUGAUCCAAUACCAAUUCUAUCAUCAGCGACUUCCAUCCGUGGAGAAAGUUGGUCUGCUACGCCAGCAGAGGCCAAGAGUAAGCCAGCUGACAUUAACGUGUCGCUUCCAGCAGGGUAA